CCGAGUUGACAGCUGAAGGAGAGUGCUCGGAGCCCAGCUCUCUAUCCAAGGACCGACCUCACCCAAGUUCUCUAGGGGCAGUUACUUAGACCCUGCGCUCCUUUCUGGGGGUCCUUAUCUCCAUCUGCAGUCGAGGCCAUCGGAAGAAGGCGGUGAUGGGUGCUCGCACCUCCACGACAUCCCGCAGCUCAGUGUCCGCAGUGGACACAGUCACUGUCAGUGUGGCGCGGGGGCCCACGACACCCAGCUGUGUCCCGAACUACAGCACAGAUAAGACGGUGUUGAGGGCCCUGGGAGAGAGCGGGCAAGGGAUGGCCAAGCAGGAGGAAGUCCCCACAGUCACAGGGAGGAACGAAGACCAGAGAAGCAGCCCCGAUGACACCGGGGGCGCACGAUCUGCAUUUAGGCCCCUGGGGGGCUCCUUCUUCGUGCCCAGGCCUGGACCUCUGCAGAGAGACCUCCACGCCAAGAGGGCAGAAGACAGAUCCAACAGGAAACUGCAGACCUCUUGUAUGAGCUCCUGCCCCCAAAGAAACGCCAUCACGAGCUCAUAUAGCUCCACCCGAGGUUUCCUGCCAGUGAAGAGAAGGAGGGGUCCCGCCAUACCGCAAGGGCUGCCCCAGAAGUCUGCAAAGAAAGGGAGCAAGGAGGGCCCUCCGUCGCCCUCUGCAGCUCCGGUGGUUUCCCAGAGGAAAAGCCAGCCUGACAAAGAUGCAGAGGCAACAAGAGGGCAGAAACGGCCCUGGAGGAACGUCUCCCUCACACCUGACGGUCCCAGGCCCCGAAAACGCAGGAUUCCUCUGCUGCCGCACAGGCGAGGGGAGCCUCUGAGGCUGCCCCCAGCCCCUAAGCUGGGUUUCCGGGUCACCAACGAAGACCUAGACUCGGAGAAGGAAGCAGCGUUCCGGCGCAUCAACAGUGCGCUGCGGGGUGAGACCUAGGCCAUCGGAGGCCUGGGCGCCGUGCAGCCUUCCUGUCCCUUCCUGCUGCCUGCCGCAGGGGCUGCUUCUCCGCAGAAAAUGUUUCAUAGUUAUUUCUAUUUUAAUAUGAUCAUGGUACAUUAAAAUAUAUUAGUGCUUGCCUGUGAAUACUAAGGUCGCUUGACUUGUAAUUUUCUAUAUUGUUCUAUAUUUUUGUGACUAAAGGCAUUACAUGGGGGAAUUAAAAGAAUAUCUUGAAGCGAUUUUGGCUUUUGAUCUGCCACUAAUUCCUAUUUAACCUUAAUUCAGGGGUCGGAUUCUUUGACCCAAGGAAACAGAAUAGUAUAAAAAGAAAGAAUGUGAGUGUCAGAGGGUGGCAGUGAUUAAGUAUAGCAAGAGACGCCUUUGCAAAAGUUACUGUUGGUCCCAGAAGACUCUCACUUAGCUGUGUGACCCUGGGCAAGUCACUUCACCUAAAUAUCUGAAUUAUAGGGCUGUGCUGAUGAUUUAAAAGUGACUGGGCACGGUGGACGCUCAUAAAUCCUGGGUUCUCAAUAAAGCCACUGCCCUGCUCCUUGGUCCUUUGGAAUUACUAUAUUAGUAAAAUUUAUACUUGACAGUAAUUUUAGCUUAAAGUUUAUUUUGUCUAUUUCAUCUCAGCCUUUUGGCUAAGAUCAAGUGUAGUAUCUGUUCUUGUCAAUUUAAAUAGCAAGAGAAAAGAAAGAAAAAUAACGGGCAUGCCCCCACACUCUUCAGACAAUAGGAGCCUCUUAACCUGUUCCUUUGUCCAGAGACACAGGCCAUUUCUCAGUGAAGACCUCUGCCAUCACUGAGGUUGCAGGGGAGAUGUGGUAACUGGGGAGAAAAAGACCAAUGGGGAUGACCCCCUCACUCCUCAACAUGCAAGCCCCCCACUUUCUCACUUGUCUAGCUAGAAAUAAAAGGUUGAUCCCAUGGUUUUAACUUUCAGCUGCUGCUGGACUUUGCAUGCCUUGCGUAAGCUGGGAGACAGAGGCAGGAAAAAACCCACCAUAAUCACCCUGUUAAGGCCAUGAAAUUAACUGCCCUGCCCUUAUGAAAUUAACACUGGAGUAAGAGAGACAGAUGAUAAACACACACAUAAAAGAGAGCUUAUAGUAGGAAUAAUACUAUAAAGAAAGUAAAAAGGGUAAUGGGCUAGCAAGUGACUUUGGAAUGGAGUAAUGAUUGCUAAGAGUGUUAAAUGGCUUUCUGAAAAGCUGAUGUCCGAGCUGUGACCUGAGUGACAUAAAGGAACCAGCCAUGAAGAUCAGAAUGAAGGGCAGUCCUGACUGACACAAUCUCCUGAUUUGAAGUUCUGAGGUGGGAACAAGCUUGAUGUGUUUCAGCCCAAUUGAGAGAGAAGGUCAGAGAGGUUGGCAAGCAGCCAAAUUGUAUGGCGUUUUGUAGGCCAUGAUCAGAAUUUUUCAUUUUCUUCUAUAUACAAUAGGAAAAUGUAGGGGGAGGGGAUAACUAGGGUUUAAUGCCUAGACUAUGAAGAUUUAAGUCAAGGGCUGAUGAUUUCAAUUAAAUUACUUCUGUGUAUCCCUACAUAUGUGAGGGACUGGAGAGGAAAGGAGAAGUUGUUCAUGGUAUGCCUGGGAAACAGAAGAAAAAAGAGAGUACCUUCACAUCAGCUCACAAAACUCAGGAUUCUAGAGUCAAGUAAAGCUUAGUGAUCAUCUGAUUUAACACUCUACAUUUAGGGGUAGCCUAACUCAGUUAAAGAAAAAGAAUUUGUGGGACUUCCCUGGUGGUCCAGCAGUUAAGACUCCACACUUCCACUGCAGCGGGCACAGGUUCCAUCCCUGGUCGGGGGAACUAAGAUACCGCAUGCCACGCGGUGUGACCAAAAAGUAAAAAAAAAAAAAAGAAAAGAAAAAGAGAAAAAAAAAGAAAAAGAACUUGUGAUGGAAUUAGUACCAGACUCUCAUAACUCUUCAUAAGGCCCAGAAUACCUUCAACAAAUUCAAAGGGAAGAUGAGAAAUUAUUUACAGCCUCACAAAUAAAGAUCUACAGUGAAGGUACAAAGCUGUUCUUGAUUAUUCAUAUCUAAUGAUAAAGAUAAUAAUAGAAAUUACCGUGUAUUGAUUACCUACUUAUGUAUACUAAUUUGAAAGCUCUACAUGGCUUUAUUUAAUACUUGAAAUAGCCCUAUGAGGUAGGUAUAUGAAUGAGGGAACUAAAAGUCACAAAGAAUUAAGAAACUGGCCCAAGGUCACCCUGCUGGUAAGUACUAGUACUGGGGACUGCCUCCCUUCUUCAAAAUCCGCUAUACUCUGCUUCUAUAAAUGAUAUUGAGUACAAGA